AUGAAUUAAAAAAAAUAACCUUAAUUAGCAUGUGAUGCAGUAUGUUUUAGAAAACGUGAAAACGAAAUUAAAUAGGUUAUAUUGAUAACAAGAGGACACGAACCAUUUUUAGGGAAAUAUGCCUUUCCAGGAGGACAUUUAGAUUAUGGGGAAGAUCCAACUUAAUGUUGUUUAAGAGAACUUAAAGAAGAAACCGGAAUCUUAGGGCUAGAUGUUGAUUUAAUUGAUGUUAAAGGGGCUCCUGACAGAGAUCCAAGAGGACAUUAUGUUUCCAUUGUUUAUAAGGUUGAAAUUCAACCUGAUGCAGAACCUGUGGCAGCAGAUGAUGCUAAAACUGCAUAAUGGCUUAACGUUGAAGAACUACUUAACUGGGAAAGGAAGCCUUUGCAUUUGAUCAUUAUGAAAUCUUAGAAAAAGCUCAUAAAAAGUAUCCAUGAAUCAUUACAAUAUAUGUUAACUUAUAACGCAUUUUCUCAGGGGUAGAAGUAAGAUACUAAAAAGUAACUUUCAACUCUUGAAAUUUCUCUUUAAAUACUAGAUUAUGUAACAGAUUUUUCAAGAUUCAUUAUAUUCCUUCUUUCCUUGUUAAAGAUUAGUUUGUUAAUAAUAUUGAGGCAAAAGCGAUUCAUCUGA